AUGCAGUUCAUCAAGGGCCUCGUUAUUGCUGCAGUCGUCACUGCGUUUUGCUUCGCCCCAGCGACCGCUACUGACACAGUCGGCGUCAAGAAUACGCCACCUAACAGCCGUAAGCUUUACUAUACCAAGACUCCCCCUGCCACCAGGAGCCCGUACAACCGUGCAUCAGACCCCGCCCCAAAACACCCUUAG